GCAUUUGAGCCCUUCCGCUCUCCGUACAGGAAUGUGUAGCCUGCAUUACGUCAGUCAUCCUGCCAGCGUCCGUCCAGGAGGAGUUUGACUUUUUUUUUCUCUCUCUCUCUUUCUGUGGAGAAUUAAAGAGAUUUGUGCGCUUUUCUCUCCCCCCUCCUCCCUCCUUCCCUCUCUGUCCUAUUCCCAGUGUGGAGUCCAGCUUUGACGACGGGGGAGGAAUGAAACAUCACAGCUCUCCUGCUUCAGCAUGAAAAGUUUGUAAGAAAAACAACAACAACAACAAAAAGAAAGAAAGAAAAGGGGGUUUUAAAUCUCGACGAUACUAUUCAGAAAGUAGAUGGAGGAACCAGAAGGUACAGAUGGUUGUUACUGUGCGGGAUGUGGAGGAAAAAUUCAAGACUCGUUUCAAAUGAAAGUCCUCCAGGACACCUGGCACAACGCCUGCUUUCAGUGUUCUGUGUGCUGUGACCACCUGACGAACUGGUACUAUGAGAAGGAUGGCAAGCUGUACUGUCGCAAACACUACUGGGAGAAGUUUGGAGAGCUGUGUCACGGCUGCUCUCUGCUCAUGACUGGACCUGCCAUGGUGGCUGGAGAACACAAGUAUCACCCUGAGUGCUUUGUGUGCCUGAGCUGCAAGGUGGUGAUUGAGGACAGGGAUACCUACGCCAGCGAGCGAUCGAAACUCUACGGUGGAAAGUGCUACAAACAGGUGAUCCUUACACCGAUGUUGGAAAAACGCUCGCACGACUCGGUCCUAGACUCCCUGCCUCACACGGUGACCCUCAUCUCCAUGCCCUCUGCCGCCAAUGGCAAGAGGGGCCUCUCCGUCUCAGUGUUGAGGGACUGCUAAUGCUCACAUACGUGUUGUACUUUGCUGUUCCAGGGCAGAGGGAUGCUUAUUAGUCCGGAGGUGCGAAGCAUCCAUGUUGGCGACAGGAUCCUGGAGAUCAAUGGCCUUCCUGUUGGGACACUGAUGGAGGAGGAGGUGGAUGAUCUUAUUCACCGCACCAGUCACACGCUGCAGCUGCUUAUAGAGUAUGACCCAGUCAGGCAGCGUUUAGACCGGCUCCGGUUGGGAUCACCAAGAACUCGUCUGGGAGUUCCGGCCACCUCCCGCAUGCGUCUGUCCUCACCUUCUGAUGCGGUCCUCGAGAGAACCGACGUGGUUGAUGACGGCACACUGAAAAGGAGAUCUUUGAGGCGCAGUAACAGCACAUGUAAGUCACCUGUGCCAAAUUCACCUAAAGAGAUGACUUUUAUCACACGAGACAUCGGACGCUCUGAAUCCUUGAGAUCCUCCAGUAGCUGCUCUCAUCGCAUCUUCCGGCCAUGUGACCUCAUCCAUGGAGAGAUCUUAGGAAAGGGCUUUUUCGGACAGGCUAUCAAGGUGACUCAUAAAGCCACAGGAGAGGUGAUGGUGAUGAAGGAGCUGAUCCGUUGUGAUGAGGAGACCCAGAAAACUUUCCUAAAGGAGGUCAAAGUAAUGAGAAGCCUCGAUCAUCCCCAUGUUUUGAGGUUCAUCGGAGUGUUAUACAAGGACAAGAGGCUCAAUUUGAUAACUGAGUUUAUCGAGGGAGGCACACUGAAGGAUUUCAUCAGAGACACGGACCCGUUUCCAUGGGAACAAAGGGUGAGCUUUGCAAAGAGCAUCGCUUCUGGCAUGGCCUACCUUCACUCAAUGAGCAUCAUACACAGAGACCUCAAUUCUCACAACUGCCUGGUUAAACUGGACAACACUGUGGUUGUUGCUGACUUUGGACUGUCCCGACUCAUCGUAGAGGACAAAGUAAAGCCUCCACCCGAGAAACCGUCCAACAAGAAGAGGGUGUUCAGACGCGUCGACCGAAAGAAACGGUACACUGUCGUGGGAAACCCGUACUGGAUGGCUCCGGAGAUGCUAAAUGGUAAACGCUAUGAUGAGAAGGUGGACAUUUUCUCCUUUGGAAUUGUUCUUUGUGAGAUCAUUGGAAAAGUCUAUGCAGACCCUGAGUGCCUGCCCAGGACUCUGGACUUUGGCUUGAAUGUUUGCAAGUUUGUGGAGAAGUUCCUCCCUGAAGACUGUCCUCCAGCUUUCUUUCCACUGACUGUGGCCUGCUGCGACCUCACACCAGACAACCGUCCACCUUUCCAGAAGUUGGAAGACUGGUUUGAAGCUUUGUCCCUCAACCAGGAGCUGGGGAUCCCCCUGCCAGCCGAACUGGAUGAACUGCACCAGAGUUUGAGUCGACUCUACUGGCCUAAAGAUGUCACCCCAACUCAGAGCACAGAUCAACCGCCAACCCCGACAGCAGCCACUCCGGACUCAUCCAGCAUGACAAACAAUGGCACCUAGGACUCCCUUUUUCUUUUUGUUUUCUUUUUGUUUUUUGAGCCCUCUGAACUGCUGCACUAAUACUGUGGAUGAGAAAAAGAGGAAAAUUGCAUUGAACCCGAGCCAUAUUAGAACUGGAUAACCUGAGGUAGCUGGACCAAUCUCCCCGUGUGGGAACUUGACUCUUGAGAGUGCCAUUGAACUGCAUCGUGAGUGGAAAGACACAUUUCAAAAAGUGUUUGUUACUAGUAUUUUUUUUUCUUUUUUAACCCUACUCAUCCCCCAAUCAACGUACACAAGGUCGCACUAAUGUUGACUGUCUAUAAAGGCGUUACGCAACCUUCCCUGACAGACGACGAGCAUCUUUAUAAGGUGGAAAACAGUUUUGUUUUUGUGGUUCUGAAUUUGCUGUUUGCUAUGUGUGGAAUGCAAGGAGAUCGGUCCUUGCCCAGAAGAAGACUCUGUCUUUGUAACAGCAGCAAAGAAAACAAAGAUGCCUGACAAUCCAAGUAAACAAGAAGGCAGGGCUUUUGAAGAGAACAGGUCUGACUUCAGGCGGCGGUGGAAGCAAAACACACACUGACCCCGAAUAGUUUCAUCCCUCCGAGAUUUUUUUCCGUCUAAACACCACUGAUCUAAUUUUUGACGAGAUGGUUACAAGUAUGCUUGUGUACUUUGUAGUCUAAUGAUUUUAAUUCAUUUCUCUUUUAGAUUUUUUUAGAUG